CAGACUAUUGUGAGGAAGCAAAACGAGUUUAAGUGCUCCACUUUCUGAAGCUCAUCCCAAAGAGAUGAACCAUGCUGGCAUGCUAGUGCGUGUGAAGAAGAGGAAGAGGCCAGUUGAGGCUGGUGCUCGGGGUCAGGUAGAGGUCAAGUUCAAGGAGGUGACGCUGUAUCUGGUGGAGAGGAAGAUGGGCAGCAGUAGAAGGAACUUUCUGACCAGUCUGGCCAGGUCAAAAGGCUUUAGAGUGGAAGAUGUCCUCAGUGAUGAGGUCACUCACGUGGUGGCGGAGGACAACCAGGCUGAGGGGUUGUUGGCGUGGCUGAGGGGACAUGGUCUAAGGGAUAUCUCCAGACUGGCGGUGCUGGACAUCUCCUGGUUCACGGACAGCAUGAGGGAGGGGAGACCUGUCACAGUGGAGACCAGGCACCGUAUUCAGAACACAGUGACAGACUGUUCUCCACCCACUGCUGUGGCCAAUGUUUCUCAAUACGCAUGUCAGAGACGGACAACCACGGAAAAUCACAACAAGAUAUUCACAGAUGUGAUGGAGGAGCUGGCUGAGAGUUCUGAGUUCAAUGAAAGUAAGGGUCCAUGCCUGGCAUUCCGGCAAGCAGCCUCAGUCCUGAAGAGUCUGCCGUCAGCAGUGCGCUGUCUGGGGGCCAUCCAGGGCCUCCCCUGGCUGGGGGAACACACCAAAGCUGUCAUGGAGGAGAUUCUUACAUUUGGCCGCUCUUUUAAAGUGGAAGAGAUACGGUGUGAUGAACGAUAUCAAGCGCUUAAGCUGUUCACCAGUGUGUUCGGGGUUGGACCCAAAACAGCUGAGAAGUGGUACCGCAGAGGGCUACGCUCACUCAAGGAGAUUUUGACCGAGCCCAACAUCCAGUUGAACAGGAUGCAGAGAGCUGGUUUCCUGUAUUAUAGUGACAUCUCCAAGGCUGUCAGUAAAGCCGAGGCCGAAGCUCUUGGAUGCAUCAUCGAAGAGACGGUCCACUGGAUCGCACCCGAUGCUGUACUGGCUCUGACAGGUGGCUUUCGCAGGGGGAAGGAGUAUGGGCACGAUGUGGACUUCCUCUUGACUGUGCCUGAGAUGGGGAAAGAGGAGGGGCUACUGCUUCAUGUGAUUGACAGACUGAGGGACCAGGGCAUUCUGCUGUACUGUGAUCACCAGGGCUCCACGUUUGACGUGAGCAAGCUGCCUAGUUGCAGGUUUGAGGACAUGGACCACUUCCAGAAGUGCUUCCUGAUCCUGAGGCUGGAGGAGGGCCAGGUGGAGGGGGAGAGAGGGCUGCAGAGGGACCCAGGGGACAGCAGGGGCUGGAGGGCCGUACGGGUGGACCUGGUGGCCCCACCUGUUGACCGCUACGCCUUUGCCCUCCUGGGCUGGACCGGCUCCAAGCAGUUUGGGAGAGAUCUGAGGACAUUUGCCCGAAAGGAGAGGCAGAUGCUUCUUGACAACCAUGCCCUGUAUGACAAAACGAAGAAACUAUUCCUACCGGCGACUACUGAGGAGGACAUCUUUGCCCAUCUGGGUUUGGAGUAUGUGGAGCCUUGGCAGAGAAAUGCAUAAGCAUCUUCCCCUCACAGACACCGAUACAAUACCAACUUUAUACAUACAGUACAUCAAGGGUUCCCAAACUCCAUCAUUGGGGAACACAUUUUGCCAUGAGGUGGAGAGAAGAUUCUGCCGUUUUAUUAAAGCUAAUUUCCUGCAGUUCUACACAUUUUGGCAUGUUUUAUUCAAUAUCUGAGUGAUUUAAUCAUUACAACAAAAUCAAUUGGCUACACAACCUAGCUAAAAAACAUUAGCUGACAUGGGCUAGUUGAUCUGGACAUUUCUGACAAGAUAUAAGUAGCUCUCUAA